CCUGCUAGUCAUGUGUGUUUAAUUAAAGGCAUGUGUAUUUACACUUUCAUUCCUCUGAAUUUUGGUGAAACAGUGAAAAUCUGUGAGUGGAAAACAACCAGCUUAAUUUUGGCACAGUUUUAAGGGGAGUGCACAGCUUGCUGGUGGGCCGAGAGUGGAGAGAUCUGACUUGUAGCAAUGCCCCAGCAUACUGUCCUGUAUAUACCCACUCUCACAGAGAGAGAGAGAGAGAGUAGGGUUGGCGGACGUUGCCUUGGUUAUUGAUUAUUAUCCAGUAUGGAAGAUUUAGCAGCAAAAAACGCAUGUAGAGGAGUAAAUGGACAGUCCAAAACAGACGAAUCAACUUCUCCUGCUGCUCACAGCGUUGACUCACGCUGCGGAUCCUGCCUGAAAAGCAUUAAGUUGUGGGUACCUGUGGACUACAAGAAUGAAACGGUUCAGCUUUUAAAACUGGCGGGACCCGUGUUCAUUUCACAUACGAUGGGCUUCCUCAUCGGCUUCGUCAGCAUGGUGUUCUGCGGUCACCUGGGGAAAACAGAGCUGGCGGGGGUCGCGUUAGCAAUAGCGGUAAUAAAUAUCACAGGUAUUUGCAUUGGCAGUGGUUUGGCAUCAACGUGUGAUACUCUCAUAUCUCAGACUUAUGGGAGUGGUAACCUAAAGCGUGUAGGAGUGAUACUCCAGAGGGGAGUUUUGAUUCUGCUCCUAGCUUGUUUCCCCUGCUGGGCCGUGCUCGUUAACACUCAGCCCCUUCUGCUGGCUGUCAAGCAGAGCGCAGAGGUGGCCAGACUCUCCCAGCUGUAUGUGAAGAUCUUUAUGCCAGCUCUGCCAGCUGCCUUCAUGUACCAGCUGCUGGGGAAGUACCUUCAGAAUCAGGGCAUCAUGUGGCCCCAGGUGAUAUGCGGAGCCACAGGGAACGUUUUAAAUGUAAUAAUCAACUACAUCUUUCUCAACCGUCUGGAUCUGGGGGUCGCUGGAUCUGCAGCUGCCAAUGCCAUCUCACAGUAUUCCUUGGCUGUGUUCUUGUUUGUGUACAUCUGCUCCAGGGGACUGCACAAAGCUACAUGGGAUGGCUGGUCAGGAGACUGCCUACAGGAGUGGGGUCCUUUCCUCCACCUGGCCAUGCCCAGCAUGCUGAUGCUUUGUCUGGAGUGGUGGCUGUAUGAGAUCGCAGGCUUCCUGGCAGGCAUCAUCAGUGAGGUUGAGUUGGGAGCUCAAUCUAUAGUUUAUGAGAUGGCUGCUAUCGCUUACAUGUUUCCAAUGGGUUUUUCUGUUGCCGCCAGUGUUCGGGUUGGAAAUGCUCUUGGUGCUGGGAACACAGAGCAAGCCAAGCUGUCCAGCAAGGUCUCCCUCAUCUGUGCAUUCAUUCUCUCAUGUUUCAUCGGCGCGUGUCUUGGCGUGUCCAAGGAUGUUGUUGGUUACAUUUUCACCACUGAAAAAGACAUUAUUCAGAGGGUGGCCGAUGUCAUGAAGAUGUACGGUUUCAUCCAUGUUGCUGACACCUUUGCGGGUGUGACCGGAGGUAUUGUCAGGGGGGCAGGGAAGCAAAAGAUUGGUGCUGCGUGCAACUUGGUGGGUUUCUACUUUAUUGGGUUUCCCAUUGGAGUGUGUUUGAUGUUCCCUGUCAAAAUGGGCGUUGUGGGGCUGUGGUUGGGGUUAUUCAUUUCUGUUUCGGUACAGUCAGUGUUUUUUUUAGUUUUCCUGUGUAAACUAAACUGGAUGAAAGUCACUGACGAGGCACUGGUAAGAGCAGGAGUCAGCAUUACAGAGAGGAACAAGAUCUUCAUGAUAGAAAACAAAGCCCUGGACUCUGGUGAGAAACAGACCCACAUGAAGACCAGUCGAUCCACUUCUUUGAGUCCAGUGGAGGGGAAGGAGGAAGCCCUCGUUGCAGGUCAGCAGACUUCAGAUGACGUGGCUCUGUCAGUCAGGCAGCUGGUGGUACGACGUGGCCUCGCUGUGCUGCUCAUGUUCAUCAUCCUCGCUGCUGGAGUCUUCAUCAGCGAGUUGCUCAUCAGGCUGCUUGAAUUACACGAGUGACCAUUAUUAGACCUCAUGUGUGCAACACGAAACAAAGCUCUGUGAGUCUGCCUUCCAGAGUACAGAUGCAUCUUCAUGUUUAGCAGUAUAAAAACAAACAUAGACACCUUCAAUCUGCAGCAAAAUUAUACGUACUACAACAUAUCUUUGGCAGCUUCCAUCUUACCAUCUGAAGCACUUUGUAAUGACAAAUUUCCAUUCCAUACUCACACUUUCACGAACCUUCUUACCAUUUCUUAGGCACUAAUGAUGGGAAAAUAGCUGCUUUAUAAUGAUAUAUGCUACACAGGUUUAAAAAAAAUGUUCUGUAACAGCAUUACAGUAAAUACAUGGAAUUAUUGCACCACUUUGAUAACUUGGAAGAUUUGAAAAGUUGUUGAAUUUUUUCAGAUCCAUUUUGUCAUUCAUACCGAAGUAAUUGUCUUUAAAGUUAAAUCUAUUUAUAGUAUUUCUUGCUCUAUUCUUAUUAAUAAUUCAAACCCAGUCACAUUUGCAGUUCAUACUGUAUAUUAGUCAUGUUUUGGAAAAUAUAAUAUAAUAAGAAACACGACUGAAAUGAGGCAACCAAUUAAAGGCUGAGCUGAAAAAAUUCUGUAUAGGGAUGUCUCCUUUAUAUAGAAACAUGCUGUGUAAGAUGGCUUCCAAUCAAGACACUGACGAAAUAUAUGUUCUCAUUAUGAAAUAUAUAGUCUGAAUGGAUGCCACAAUUAGAAAGAGCAUGAUUAAAUGCUAUAUUUAGGCUACAGCGUAUCCGUGGACGUGUGCUUUCAUCAUCAAAGACAGAAAAGCUGCUCUUUUUCUUUGGUUUAUUUUUUCUUCCCUUUGAUCUGCAUUGCCAAAUUUGAUGAUAAUGAAAGGUCUGUACGCUCACGUUGCAACGUGCGGGCUGGAUGAAGACAUGUCAGACUGAGCAAAUCAACCACCUGUUCACUCUGUGUAGGGGCAGAUAACUAGCUAGCUCAGGCUUCACUGAGGCUCACAAAUGAAGAAUUCACCUGGUUAACAGCAAACGUGAUUUUCUGAAAUACGUGCAUGUAUGGUGUUUCUCUACAGAUCCUCUAAAAGCAGUGGAUCGACAUUUUGGGAAAUACGCUUAUUCAAGUUGUAUGAGAAGAUUGAUACCGCUCUUGUACCAAUGAAUUAUAAACAACCUGUUAGCCUAGCACAAAGACUGGAAACGGGGAGAAACAGCCAGCCUGGCUCUGUCCAAAGGUAACAAAAUUCCCCUACUAGCACCUCUAGAGCUCACUGAUUAACAAGUUAUGUGUAAUUUGAUUAGUCCAUACUGGUAGAGCAACCGGUUGCUGGCUGUGGCCUCGUAUUAACCAUACAGACUUGAGAGCGGAAUUGAUCUAACUCUAUACCAGAAAGCGAAUAAGCUAGGGCUGUCAGUCGAUUAAAAUAUUGAAUCACAAUUAAUUGCAAAUUAAUCACACAUUUUUUUAUCGGUUCAAAUUGU